AUGCAGGCCGCCGCUGGGCGGAUUCGGCAUCACCAACAGGCUGCCGGUACUGAUCACGCCGUGAGAAAUGUAAUCCCACCUCUAGGAGACCUCCGCUACCCUUCCCACCUCAACGAGGAUCAACGUCAUAGUACGGAGGACCGGCCCGGCGCAUGUAUCAAUGAAUCUACGAAUCUUGGAAAGAAAGUCCAUCGCUUCAAGCGCGUUCCAGCGUGGUUUGGCUUCUCACUUAAGAAGUAA